CAAUGUGCGUCUUUCUAUUCUGCGCCGCUCCGCCUCCGGCGACCCGCCUCCCUGGUGUCUCGGCGCUUUUAGCGCUUCUGGGUGAUGGCGGCGGUGCGCCUGCGCGUUCGCUCUGAGCCCUCCUCCCGGGAGGGGGAGCUAGCGGGCCAGAGCUAGGGACUGUCCGCCGAGCUCUGUCCGGGUGAAAGGGUGGCGGCGCCGCAGGCUGCCGGCCGGGCUGCGGAGGGGGCUGCGGAGGGGCCUGCGAGCCGCUACGGGGCCGCGCGCCGCUCGGGCGGGGCGGGGCGGGGCCGGGCGGGGCCAGUCGAGGGAGCUCGCGCGUGCCCGCACAGGCCUAUCACUCUCGGCUGCUGAGCUACCUGCCUGCGGCGACGUCUGUCAGGAAUCUCCAGCAUGACUGAACUGAGGCAAAGGGUGGCCCAUGGGCUGGAUGCACCGCCCGAGGACAAGGAGUCAGAGUUAGAAGCAAAGUUAGAUGCAGAGACUGCAUCGGAUAGUGAGAGCCGGACGGAGCCUGCUCCCCCGCCAGCCCCUGCAGACGAUACUCCAGAGGUCCUCAACAGGGCCCUUUCCAACUUGUCUUCAAGAUGGAAGAACUGGUGGGUGAGAGGCAUCCUGACUUUGGCCAUGAUUGCAUUUUUCUUCAUCAUCAUUUACCUGGGACCAAUGGUUUUAAUGAUAAUUGUGAUGUGUGUUCAGAUUAAGUGUUUCCAUGAGAUCAUCACUAUUGGCUACAACGUCUACCACUCCUAUGACUUGCCCUGGUUCAGGACCCUCAGCUGGUACUUUCUACUGUGUGUGAACUAUUUCUUCUACGGUGAGACAGUGACAGAUUACUUCUUCACCCUGGUCCAGAGAGAGGAGCCUUUGCGGAUCCUUAGUAAAUACCACCGGUUCAUUUCCUUUACUCUCUAUCUAACAGGAUUCUGCAUGUUUGUAUUGAGUCUGGUCAAGAAGCAUUAUCGACUACAGUUCUACAUGUUUGGCUGGACUCAUGUAACAUUACUGAUUGUUGUAACCCAGUCACAUCUUGUUAUCCACAACCUGUUUGAAGGAAUGAUCUGGUUCAUUGUCCCCAUUUCUUGUGUGAUCUGUAAUGACAUCAUGGCCUAUAUGUUUGGCUUUUUCUUUGGUCGGACCCCACUGAUCAAGCUCUCUCCGAAGAAGACCUGGGAAGGCUUCAUUGGGGGCUUCUUUGCUACUGUGGUAUUUGGCCUUCUGCUGUCCUACGUGAUGUCUGGGUACAGAUGCUUUGUUUGCCCCGUGGAGUACAACAACGAUACCAACAGCUUCACUGUGGACUGUGAGCCCUCGGACCUGUUUCGCCUGCAGGAGUACAACAUUCCUGGGGUGAUCCAGUCGGUCAUUGGCUGGAAAACAGUCCGGAUGUACCCCUUCCAGAUUCACAGUGUUGCCCUCUCCACCUUUGCCUCACUCAUCGGUCCCUUUGGAGGGUUCUUCGCAAGUGGAUUCAAACGAGCCUUUAAAAUCAAAGACUUUGCCAAUACCAUUCCUGGCCAUGGAGGCAUCAUGGAUCGCUUUGACUGCCAGUAUCUGAUGGCCACCUUUGUCAAUGUGUACAUCGCCAGUUUUAUCAGAGGCCCUAAUCCGAGCAAACUGAUUCAGCAGUUCCUGACCUUGAGGCCAGAUCAGCAGCUCCACAUCUUCAACACUCUUCGGUCUCACCUGAUUGACAAAGGGAUGCUGACAGCUGCCACAGAGGACGAGUAGGGACCACCAGGGCUGGGAGAACAGGAACAGGACUGAGCGAGGGACGGGUCUCCAAGGCAAGCCCUGCUGCCAUGACUAACACAAUGACAAGGCUUCAACUCACUAUCUUUUUUUUUGUUUUGUUUUUUGUAGGAUGUUUUUUAUUUGUGGAUUCAAAAAAACCUGUAUAUAUAGUCUAUGAUUUUAUGACUUGGGUUGUGAGUAAGCUGUAGCUUUGAGUUGGAAAGAAGUCACGGGGGUAAAACCAUUUGAGUUUUUUAAACAAAAGUAUUCAACAAUCUGGAAGACGAUGAUGCCCAGCUCAGGAGUGUGUCUGCUUGGUGGUUCAAGACUCCAUCAACUGAACUGUCUCUGAGCGCAUACAGACACAGACGUUCACCUGUGUCUGACCAGUUUGGAGGGCUUCUGCACUGUGUCAGGGGUCACAGCGCGACUGUCUUUGCUGUACUGGAGAUCUUUUCACCUGGUCUUUUCUAGAAAUCCCAGCUUGGAGCCUUGGGAGGGUUGCCUUCUGUAGGAAGGACAGAUGGAUACUUAUUAAUCAGAUAAAUACUCUGUCCUGCACAGUGUAAAUUAGCUCUGCUUUAUAGUAUGGUUUUACCUUACUUCAUCAGACUGAAAGAAAGUUUCAGUUUUUAUUUUUUUCAGAAAGCACGAAAAAUUAUUUAUAAUAGUCUGGAGAAAAAACACACUGUACUAUUUCAAAUGUAUGCAGUAGAAUGUACUGUAACUGAGCCCUUUGCCACGUGUUUUCAGCUCAAGUGUCUCCUGUAGGGCAGUCAGCUAACUGUGUUAUUUUCAGGGACAAUGCCGGCCACAUUUGUGCUGUAGACUGCUGCUGCCGAGUCCUUUCUGGGGCCUUCCCUUUAGGCAGGGAGCAGAGGCCUGUCGAUCAUGCACCCUUUGCCUGAACACCCAUGUAGCUGCUGUGUUAUGUAUAUUUCACUUGUAUAUAUAUCUGUGAAUUUAUUUUAAAAGUCACUUAUUUCUUACAGUAAUGUUAGUUGUACCACAACUUCUUCAUUGAAAUCACAAAGUCCUGCUUAAAAGUAUGGAAAACUUAACCUGAUUAGAGGCUCGAUUAUUUUGAAGAUUAAAUGCACACUUUUUAUAUAAUGUGACCGGUUUAAAUGUAUUUUGUAUUUGACUGGGAUACCUUUUGUUGUUAUUUGCUUAAGCUGAUUUAUUUUUUCCCUCCCUAAUUAUAGGGGUGAGAUUGAUUUCAGGAAGACAGAUUAGUCUUUGUCAGACCAACAAGCGAUGGAGCAUGGGGGAGAGAACAUGUUACCCAAAUGUGUUAAAUUAUUCUGUGCCACAGCUGCUUUCAUUGCCAAUGACUUGCUUCAGCAUGUUGGUCUAGUCCUAGUUUGUGUUGUUUUUGCUUGUAAAUUAGCCUCACUGCCUCCCUCAAAGCUCAUGGUCAGCCCAGGCCUCCCAGUCUCCAAGGCAUUGGGUAGACAACAGAGCCCUCAAGGUGUUUCAGCCCAUGUGUCACUGUGUGACUUCCCACAUGCAUGCAGGGUUGAAGUGGCUUCUUUCCUUUGAACUUUUACUUCAUUUCAGCUUUUUGGCUUUUCCUGUUUAGGUCCAAGGCCUUCUUAAAAACCAAACAUGUGUGGUCUUGGGCAGGAUGCGUUGCACUCAGGGGCCUCACUUUCCCGUGCUGGCUUCCCAUGUCUCUGUUCUGCAGUUCGGGCUCAGCAAGUUCACAUCCCUAGAGGCUCCUGUGGGUACCAAGUUAUGUCCCGGGUGCCCAAAAGGGAAGUGCUUUCAGGCUUUUCUGAACGCUUGUCCUCAAGACAAAUCAGUAUCUCAGCAGUAGUGACAGGUGAUCAGUAAUGAGAUUGUAGUUUUCUGAUUGGAGAGUGAACCCUGGAUCACCAAACUAGAUACAGCAGGGCAUCCAUUUGUCUCUAUUGUGCCACUGUGGGCAAAUUAUAGAGUCCUUGAGAAUAGUAGUCUCACUGGUACCCAACAGCAGAGGCUCUCCUCCAGUGGGGCAGCCUUAGGGGUCGGAGCCUGGCAGCAGCAUGUGAAGCUUGCGUUCCUUUGUGGACAGGUCACUGAUAAGGUUCUUGGAAGCAGAAGCCAAAUGCUCACUGGAGCUGCCCCCAGGAAGUCCAGGGGAUUGGCUGGGCCUUAGUUUCUUCUGAUUUCUCCUUUGCUUCCCUGUCGUCAGGAGAGCAGCACCAUCUUUUGUCUGUGGAGCACGGUGCACCUCCUCCUGUGUACAGACAGAUGCCGCUGUGCUGACACACACUCACGCCGGGCUUAAUGAGUGGCACAACUUGCUUUAUAUACACUUUUUUUUUUUUUUAAUCAGAAAUAAAGUGUGACUGAAACCAUGCGCCCCUCCUUGUGUGAAUUCACUGUUUACUACUUCCAUGCAUGGUUCUAAACAACCUUUGAUUAGGUAUUAUUUAUUUAUAAAUACUGUAUUUAUAAAUUUCUGUAUUCAGAAAUACCGCAUAGACCUGAUUUAGAUGUUUUUCUUUGUUUUCUAACUUGUAUCCUCUGCAUUUUCACAGCCACUUUCUAAGAUGCCUCAGGUGAGAGUCACAAAUACCGGGGAGGGAACUUCCCGGGUGUGACGUGGUGCUGUCAGGAUGACUUCAGUCCACAGGACUAGCCCUGCCUGCCUUUGGGCGUGGAGUGUGAGUGCGCCUGGGAUGUGGUGCUUUUCCCUCUCUCCAGUCAUGAGGCCUGGCCUGAGCCAAGUUGGAGCUUAAACUGCUAUUAGCUCAUAACUGAUGGAAUAAGGAGUUGAUGAAGGAAGGAUCUCAGAAACCACUGCUGACACUUAAAAUGAGAAGGUGGCUGUCCCCACACAGGAGCUCUGCCUGUGACUGCUCACAGGGCACCAGGCCUUUUCCUUAGUGUAUGUGCAUGUGGCCCUCUUAACUGCUUUCCGCAUCUCAAAAGUACAUGCUUCACGUUUUAUGCCUAAAAGUGAAAUCCUCUAAGGCAGUCUGGGUCUUAUGUAUGUUUUUUAUUAUUAUUUUUCAUUUGGCCAUCUGUUUAUGUGUUGUCUAUAUGUUUAUUAUUUUUGUCUGUUGCAUGGUCUGAGCAUUUUAGUAGCCACCAUAUUAACUACAUAUAAAAUGUAUCUGUUCUUAGAGUUGUACAGUUCUGUGUAAUGUAAUGUAUGAGAACUACUCUUCACAUCCAUUGAAACUAGUCUCUUUUCAUGGGGGUGAAAUGUAACUUUUAACCUAUACAGGUGGACUUUGAAGCCUUCUUUAUGGAAUUUAUACCCCCCCCCACACACACACACUGGGCUUUUAUCCUGUAACUUGACCUGUAUUAUGCAAGAAAAUUCCCAAAAUGUAUUUUAAGGGAGACUGUACCGAUUCUGCAAUUUGAGUUUAAGCUGGUUGCUGAGUUGGCCAGAGCCUGAUUCAAAAGGACCCUUGAGCUCAAUGGACCCUUGAGAUCUUUGCAUUGUCAGUGAGCUCCUGGCUGGCUCAGGUCCAUCCUUGCUGUUGACAGAGUUGGGCAGGGGAAGAAUGUGAAUGGCUCAGGGCAAAAACUGGCCUUGCUCAGAGAAUUGUUCAGCAGUGGCCUGUUCCUUAUGAAGCCAGCCCUAGGUGGAUUUCUAAGGGAGUAGAUUUUUAUCACUCUAUGAAUGAGGUCCAUUCCUGCUGGAACACUGAGUUUUAGUAACAUCUUAGGCUCUGUUGUCUUACAUUUGGGCCCACAUUUCUUGCAUACUGGGAGUAUGUGCUGAGGAAAGAGUGGGGUGGGGAGGGGGGUGAUUUCGCUUGGAUCCAGGCUUCUGUUCUUCUGAGGCCAGGGUGAGGAGGAAAGGCUAGGGGAAGGAUGCAGGUGACCAUUGUGGACACAUCACAAGACAGUAAGCUGUGGCUGGAUUUGGCACUUGUUCUUGUCUGGGCACAAGGCUCCAGAGAGCAGCUAGAACCAACCAUCAGCUCCUGAAGACAGGGACUAAUACUGGGCAGAGCCUCAUGUUCUUCCCUGCCUUGGCCAAACAAUCUUCCUUUUCCCUUUAUCACCCUCCACAUAGCUGCCCAGCUUCCACUUUUUAAAGAAAUUAACAGUUCCCACUUCCUAACUUAGUCCCCCUUGUUGGGUUGGGGCCCCACGGCACAGGCUGUAUGGGGUGUUGGGGUUUGGGCCAAGUGGUGAUGAGGGGUUCUUAUGUUAGGGCUCUGCCCACCCUACCUCCUUUUGGGCCUGGACUUUUCCCUCCCAUAUCCCUCCAAAGGGUGGGCCUCACUCUCAGGAAGAGUCCCAGCUGCUGUUUCUACAUCAGGCUGGCCAGUAGUGGCCUUGCUCACCUGGGCUCAAGGUGGGUGGAGCCUGUUCUCACCUGGGGCUGUCUCUUUAUGAAGCCUCUCACCUGUUUGUAUGGGGACCAUGUUUUCUAAGGCACAGACAUUUCCACUUUGAGGGUAGUUCAGAAGGUGUACAUGCUUCAGAUGCUGAAGUGUGGGGAUUUUUAGGACCUGUGGAUGAUUUAUGAGAAUAGAGAGGCAGACUAUGUACAGUCUAAGGUUUUAUGGACAGUGGAUUUUAAAUCUUUUUGCUGUUUGAAGACUCUAUCCUCUCCCCUUCUCUUCUCCACCAGAUAGAGGCCCUAUCUACUGAGAUGCCUACUCUUUUUAUUCAUGAGCCAGUGAGAUAUCAGCAGUGUGUUCAUUAAUGAUUGCAAUAUUAUAGUGCUUGAUAUGUGCCAGGCACAGUGCUAAGGGUUUACAUACGUUAUCCCUUUUAAUCCCGAGAACAACCUUUGAUGGGGUAUUAUCCAUUUUACAGAUGAGGAAACUAAGGCAUUGUGACUGAGGUUGAGAGCAGUGGUUAAGAAGACAGACUUUGGGCUCAUACAGCCCUAGGUCAGAGCAAGUUCCUAGGCUGCUUUAAGUUCUCGCCUCCAACCUGGUUGGCUCUUAUAAUAGUGCCUUGUCUAUGGGGGUUCUGACAAUUUAAAGAGAUAAAGCAUGUAAGCAAUUAGCACAGUGCCUGGCACAUAGUAAGUGCUCAAUAAAUGAUAGUUUCUUCUCUUGAACUCAGCUAGUAGCUUGAUCCAGCUUGGUGUAUGCCAGAGGCUGGGUUCUUAGCCACGACACUGCUACCAUCCAGCACACAGCCCAGGUUCUUCUUAGAGGAGCAAACUAACCUUAUCACCCCCUGGCAGCAUCUAGGCGUGCCUCACAUGUCAUUAAGAAGGACAGCCUAACAAAAGGAAGGAGGCAGUGAGGGUGUUUGGAAAUUCUGUCCUUAAUGGGAAUGGCUGCCCUGACAAUCUUGCCCACUUCCUGUGCCCGUGGUUUAGACCGCCCAUGGGAAGGAGGCCAGUUCCUCUUGCCUGGUGGUGCAUCCACUCUGGGCAGUGAAGGCCUGUCUGUGACGUGCUCUGGACCCCAUUUUCUCCUCUGACCAACACUGUACCUUGUACACACAGCUCGAGAACCUGCAGCAGUUUGUACGUUGUGGGGCGGGGAGGCUGAGAAGAGUAGGGAAAAUAAAACUGCAGUGAGUGUGGGAACUGUACACACCAAAAGUCUGAAAGACCUGCCCACACCGGUACAACGCAGUCAAGUGGGGCCUUGUGUUUCCUUCUUUCUUAAAAGUAUUAACAUGAUAGAUGUGGGCAACCCAUUGAGAACAGCUGGUGUACGGUGUUUCUGUCAGAUUCUAGGUUAGCAGAGGAUCAAAUGCGUGAUUCACACAGAACUGAGUGAAAAAGUUCCUGUAAGUUAAUUUUCUGAACAGAGACGGGAAUUGGGAAGGGUGUGUGUGUGAAGGGAGGCUUCGUCACUUUGAAGGCCCAGUGGAAUUCUUAAGCUAACUGAAUAGUAACAGUGUAGAGCUGUGGGCCUGAGUGUGGAUUAUUUCCUGGUGUUAGUGGGACCUGAUAGCCCAUUGCUGGCAUUUGAAUUGGUCUCUCUCCUUCAGUUAAUGAGUGAAGUAAUGAUAGUGCCAUGAAAUAGGAGAAGAUGGCUUGGGGGUCUCAGCAGCAGCUACUGUGAUGGGUUAAUCUUGAGCUUGCCCUAGAGGGUCCCCUUGCCCUUCUGGGCUCAUGUUUCCAGGUCUGAUGCUUCCUCCCUCAUUUUUCCAUCGAAUGGACCCAGGGCAGACUUUUGUCCACAGAAAAGUCUCCACACAGGUGGAGGGCAAGGGACCUCUGGACAAGAGCCUGCAGCCGAGGGCCAACUCUAACAGAGGCAGCCCAGCGAACGCUUAUAUGGCUGUUGGGACCAGAAAACAACUUGGAAAUCUCAUGCAGGGAAGUUUGAAGCUCAUCAAUUGUUUUUCAGAGUUGAUGCUGAUUGCAAGUUUUAAUUUUUACUAAUGUUUAAUACCUUCUAAAACAGAUGGAGAAGAUCACACAGGAAUCCCCUCUGUUUUGGGAGAGUCUUAGGGAAACCUGGUGUUUUUGGUGAGUUAUGCAUAGCUGUGGACGUCCUUCUUAAUUCUCUUCACUUUGAGAAUUUAUUUAACCUGAAAGUGCCCCAAACAUAGAAAUGGCCUUCCCACCCGCUUUGGGAGCCACCUGUGCUCGGAGUGCCAGGUAGUCAUAUGGGGCCAUUCCCAGUGAACAAGCCUCCCAGAGGUCGGCUGUGUGUGCCCUGGCCCUCCUGCCUCUGUGACGAGGCAGAGCACCCCCCAGUCAGUUUCUCUGCUUCUCCCUUUGUAAAGUAGAUGGACACUGUGGAAUUUGUCCUGUACUGAUAGGCUGUGUGUUGAUACUCGGUUUUACCAUCCUCAGACAGCGACUUGCAACAGCGCUUGGGGGUGUGGGUCCACGUGGCAGUCCUUGUAGCCUCCCCACGUAGGUGUGUGCCUGUGCGCUCCUGCUGUGCUGUCUCCCCAGCUUGAUGUCCACUCAGUCACCAUGUGCUGCGGUUGAUCUUCCUCUGUGCACUUCUGACCAGUGUCGACCGAUACAUGUAGGUUCUUUCUUCACACGGUGUUAACAUGAUACGUGUACAUUGGAAAGUAUUUAACUUAUUUAUAUAUCUGAAUGUUCCUACUACACAAAUAAACAUAUAUUAAAUUCUA